CUCUCCAAAUCCAAUUCUCAACAUUCGGAAAAAAAAACCCAUUACUUUAAUCAUUGGGUUUAUCUUUUCUUCUUUUAGUAUUGAAGAACAAAAUUAUUGUGUAUUAAUAUUAUUGCCGAUGGGAGUUGGUUCAUCGCCUUGCGCCUCUUGUAAAUUGCUACGACGACGGUGUGCAAAAGACUGUAUUUUUGCUCCUUAUUUCCCUCCCGAAGACCCUCUCAAGUUCGCCAUUGUUCAUAAGAUCUUUGGUGCUAGCAAUGUCAGCAAAAUGUUGCAGGAGGUUCCAAUAGAUCAAAGAGCAGAUGCAGUGAGUAGUAUGGUAUAUGAAGCGAGUGCAAGAAUGCAAGAUCCAGUAUAUGGUUGUGUAGGAACAAUCGCGUUUUUGCAAAACGAAGUGUCUCGAUUAGAAAUUCAACUAGGGGCAGCUCAAGCAGAGAUUUUGACGUUACAAAUGCGACAACAAGAGACCUCAACAACAUUUCCAACGACUACAACCCAAAUGGAUCAAGAUGAACAAAAUCUUAUGAUUUUCUCAAAUACCGAUUCUUCUAAUUCAUUACAUAUUUUUCGAGCAACGGAGGAUUAUUACCAUAUGUGGACUUGAAUAACUUUCAUGAUUAUUAUUAUCAUCAUCAUGUAACAUGAAGUAUAUAUAUCAUAUAUAGACAUAUAAACAUUAAUACAAAAAAGCUUACAAUUUUUUU